AUGGGGACAGCGUUGGACCCGUUGUCGGCCCCGUUGAACGUUCGUCGCCCGGCAGCGCCAACGCUGCCGAGCUUCGAGCUCCCUCCACCACCGUUCACGCUGGCGGCGGCCGCCCCCAAACUCGGGAGCCAGUCCAGCCAUCCCCCAAUCUCGCAGCCCGCGAAUGUGAGCGUGGGGAACCUCCUAACGCCACCCGCGACCAUUCAACCGGGGGAACACGCCACACCGCAGCCCUUGGCGCCAUCAACAGGCGCAUCCGAUCUGCCACCAACCUAUUGGCCCGCCAGUCCCUACGGUCACCCCUGGGGCUCGACAGUGAAUGCCUACUCAGCGCGCACUUCCUUCUCACCAUCCUCGGGCAUGCAGGUGCGCUCAUCCAUCACAUCACCCGCCACCGACGGACUGCCCCAUCCAUAUGAGGCGCCCUCCGUAUCUUAUCAAUCCUACCAAGCUCUCCCCGCACCCUCCACCAUGCCUCCAUCGGCCUCUCAACCCGCCCUGUCCAUGUACCCCGGGGGACCCGCCACAUCCCCCGCGCCUCUCCCUUCUAACGAUCCAUAUGCCGCCAAACCCCAGCAUAUGUAUGCCGCCUCGCCACCCAUGGCCAGUCCCCAAGCAGGCUAUCCCAUGUAUGGCUCAGCCGGCCUAGGCAUUCACCCACCAGGUCGCAUCCCCGUCCCCAGCCCAUCAGCUGGACAGCCUCCACUCGGAUACCCCCGUCAGCCCUGGCCCUCGUACUCACUUCCCGCCAUGAACGGCCCCGUCAUGACCAACGUGCACAGCCCCGGCGGCCCCAUGUCCAUGAUGGGCAUGCAGCCUGGUCUGCUCCCGGGAUUCAACAGCGGCCAUGUCGCCAGUUCCCAGCAUUUAUACGGUAGUCACGCGCCACCACAUGGCAUGUCUGCCCCCGCGGCCGACCGACCCUUCAAGUGUGACCAGUGUCCGCAGAGUUUCAACCGGAACCACGAUCUCAAGCGCCACAAGCGGAUUCACUUGGCCGUGAAGCCUUUCCCCUGCGCACAUUGCGACAAGAGUUUCUCGCGAAAAGAUGCUCUCAAGCGACAUAUUCUCGUCAAAGGGUGCGGAAAGGACGGUGACGACGGCAACGGCAGCCAGACCGGAGUCGACAUCAAGGGCGAAGGACGAAGCGAGGACGGCAGCCCACUCCUCAAUGGGCGUUGA